GCCCCGAAGACUGCGCCAUGAGUUAACGUACCGAUGCACGCUAGUACACUAGGAACACGACCUUAUCCAUAUUUUAGUUCUGUCCGGCCUUUCGUCUACUCGGAGUGAAUACGCGUGAAGAGCAGUGAAAUUAUCCUCCAAAUAUCUCGGUAAUGAGGGGCAACGAGGACGUGUCAGCCAGCAGCAAAUGCUUCCCUUGGUGUUAAGAACAAAAAAUAAUUAACGCAACAUGGCAGAGUCUUCAAAUGCUGCCUCAAUGGAUCAAGACACUGCCAGGCAGCUUUUUGAAGAAGGUGCUACGCUACUCUUUCUCAAUGUUCCUCUCGGCACUGAAUUCGGAAUCGACUACAACACAUGGAACACGGCCGAGCACUUCAAGGGCGUCAAGAUGAUCCCGCCUGGUGUGCACUUUGUGUACUACAGUGCGGUGAACGUGCGUGACCGCUGCACUGCACCCCGCAUGGGGUUCUUUCACUGCUUCCGGCGGCGGGAGGUGAUGGUGCUCAGCUGGAGCAAACGCGACGAGGACGCAGUGGAGCACUUCUUGGAAGAUGGGGAAGAGGCCGAGUACCGGGGACGGUUGAGGGAGUUUGACCCCUGUCUGGGGUCGUACCCAUACGAGAGCCUGAAGAAAUGGGUGUCACUGACCAGCCACAUCACAGAAAACUCAGUGAAGGACUUGAUGCCAUCAUGUCAGAGGAUCUACUCUGCCCCGCAGCUGAUCGCCGAUGACGAAACCAGGACAACAGCGGAGAGAGCCAAGCUGGCCGAAAAUCAACGUUUGGAACAUCCAGAGGGCAGCGGCGUCAGUGCUGAGGACCUGCUACCCAGGAUGCACAGCAAGCCGGGGACGGAGAUACGCUUCAGCCCCAUCCCGGACAAGAACUACCCGGUGGGAGCAUCCCCUGCUGAGAUCACCAAGUACUCCAUGGACCUAAGCUACACCUUGGAGAACAUGUUGCGGACUCGUUACCCAGACCGUCCCACUGCUAUCCUUGGGGAGAUCCAGUUUGCCUUCAUCUGCUUCCUGGUUGGCCAGGUCUAUGACGGCUUUGAGCAGUGGAAACGACUCGUCCACAUCCUCUGUGCCUCCGAGGAAUCCCUGGUGGCUCACCAGGACCUCUAUGCCAGCUUCAUCACCGCCCUCCACUUCCAGCUCAAAGAAGUCCCCGCCGAUUUCUUCAUUGACAUUGUCUCCACGGACAAUUUUCUGACCACCACCCUGCGGGAAUUUUUCACCAACUUGCAAGGGGCAGAGGUGGGCCAGCCGUUGAAGGUCAAAGGUCGACGCUUCAAGGAGAGCCUGACCAAGCGAUUCAGGUGGGACUUUGACGCCUUGCCGGACGAAGAUGCCCCUGUUGUCGUCCAACUCUAAAAUCAAACCCACUUGAUUUUGCCAUCUUGCGUUGUAAAUAUUUCCAGCAUAUCGUGAUGUACUGUAGAGCUUCCACGUCGAACACAGCUUCUGAAGACCUACUCAAAGUUGGUCAUGUGAUGGUGAAUGGUAGAUACUGUUGGUCAGCAGACACUGAAGCCUUUGUACACUGUACAUGCUCACUGACAACUUUAAACUGCCGUGCACAGAAUGAUCAAGCGUAAUUUUUCAAUCCUAAAAUCUUUAGUGCCCUAGACAGUGUCUUAGAGUUGCUUAGUGCUGAAAGCAUUUCAUAGCAAAUACAUGUUUGAGGAGAACCAGUCACAGGAGACAUUGAAUGUUCAUUGUUUUUGGCUGGUAACCGGAUAUUGCUGAGCAAGUAUUCUGUCUGUUUUUAGAAAAGCUCUUUGGUCAGCAUGUGAAAACAUUUCCCGUUGUGCAAAAGAAAUUGAAAUGUUUUGCCACUUGUGUGAAAGCAUGCAAAAACCAUCUCCUGUUGGUUCAAAAAGGUGUGAAAACAAUUUUCCCAAACUUGGAAACAGUGCAAACACAUUUGAUGCACGUGUCUGAAAAUGCUUGAAAAUUUCAGUCUUUGCCACUUUUGUUAAAAGGCGUUAAAAGUAUUUUUCUACUCGAGUGAAAAUGCCUUAAUAAUGGUCUUCCACUGAAUUGAAAAGGAACACACUGGGGAGAGAAUAAGUGUGGAAAGAAUUGACUAUAACCAGAUGACGGGUUACUUCCAAUUACGUACAUGUACACUGUACAUGUAUAUCCGUACAAUGUACGAGUACAUGUACUGUAAGUUUGUGUGGAGUUGGUUUCAUGUAUCAACUUCCGGUAUCAGAACCCAUCCUCUUUUUAAGUCUGGAAAAAUUAAUAUAAAACUGCAAAUUCACAUUUGUCACACUGCCCCUUUUUAAAGAAACUAAAACGUAUGUCUAAUUUUACAUUCUACAUUGUCUAUUUUAGUUGGACACCCCAUCACUUCAGGAUUACAGUUGUUAUUCAAAACAUUGCAUUGUAAGCAACAUGUACAUGUAUGAACCCACAAGGAUUGGAUAGGAAAUUUCAGGUUACUUUGCAUUAAAUUUGGCUACAAGGGCGGAGUUGAUUGUAGAACUUUUUUUUUUUUGAGUGGAGGGCAGAUCCAAAGGGGGCCAGCUACAAGCAGGGGAUCUCCCCACCCCCCAAGCUAAAAGUUGUGGUUUUUUAUCGAUGCCUUUUCCCUUCUUUUAAGAAAUUAAGUAACAAUUACCCAAAGUGUAACCUCAACCCCUAGAUUCAUGUAGGCCAUCCAAAAUUAAAGCACAUACACAAUUUCUAACUUUGCUCCUCCCCCCUCCACCAAAAUUGGUUCUAUUUCAGCCCUCGAUAAAGGAAUAAGUACCAAGAACAUGCUUCUCAUUCAGGAAAGGCUUACCUGUACCGUGUGGAGUAUCACCCUAUUUGGACAGGCCAUUACAGUACAUGUACUCUACCAAUCUUGUGCAAUCUGACCCAUCACAAGGCUUGUUCUAGCAGCUGGCAAUGCAGUGUAUGGGUAUUCCCAUGUUUACGGGGUUGGUUUUCUUAAAGAUUGGAGCAUACAUGUAUACAACAAAAACACCAACAAAAUGCUCCGUUAGCAAGAUUUUGAUUGGCUGUGCAAAAAAAGGGGACAUUAACCACAUCAUCUACACGUUCUAAAACAUGUCUGUACCAAUGCGAUUUCACAUUCAUUGUUGCUAACUUGAGAUAUACAUGUAUUUAGUGUUCAAGUUUGGACAAAAAUUGCUGUCCCUAGGGGCACAGGGAAUGGCCCCCGUGCCCAUAAGCGGCAAUACUCCAGACUGAUGUACAUGUACAAAAACUUCCAAAGAUAUUUGUGAUAUUGACUUUUGAAUUGUUGGGCUUUACAUGUAAUUCUAAAGGGUAAACAAUAAUACUCUCAAUCAAUUUUACACCAAACAGUUAA